AUGGAUGAUGAUCGGUACAACAGCAGAGGCAACUUUCGCUUCUUGGCACGAGCUGAACCUGAGCAACACCUCGCCUCUUCAGCCUCGUCGUCUAUACAGCCUCGUGUCGCUCACUACGACCGACAACAGUACGACUCUUACACUACUCACUCUUUAGCACACCCUGAAUCGAGCAGACAUGCCCAACAACAGUACCACCAGAAGCCUGCACAGGUCUACCCUCAGCAACAACAACAACGAGAGGCAGAGUGGGCUUACAACUCGGCACCUUCUCGCUCGCCACCUUCCGCACACGAUGUCGGUGCCAGAUCUGCCUACCACAUGUCGUACCGUGCCCCAGCAGAUGCCCCAGCCCCAGCAGCACCCAGCCUUCCCAACCGAUCCGAAUGGCUCGUCUUGCCCAGUGUCAGCCAUGCUCUCGGCAUGUACGGUGACACUCGUCGCCAAGAACCUCGCUUCUCUCUCGUGAUUCGACAACAGCCCCGUCGCGGUCUCGCUAUCGGCAACAGUCAGAUGUCUCUUCGCACAGCUCGUUCGGUCCCCAUCGACCCACCUCCCGUCUGUGAGCUUCUCAUCGACCGUAGUGGUGACGAGCAGCUCCUCUCACUCCCCGAAGUCUUCAUCCGAGCUCAACUCGUUCGAGGCGAUUCACCCAUGGACGAGUGUCUCCCCGACACAAGACGCAUCGAGCCUUUGGUCGGCGACACUCUCCAAAGCCCCUUCAACUCUCGUAUUGACACACGCGAGGACCAGAGCUUCUUCGUCUUCAAAGAGCUUGGUGUGCGCAAUCGUGGCAUCUACAGUCUUCGAUUUGAUCUGUUUGAUCGUGUCGGUUUGCGCAUUUUCAAGAUCGCUUCCAUCUACAGUGAUGCAUUCGAAGUGCAGGGGCGAAGGAAACAUCCUGGUCUCUCAGCUUCCUCCGCGUUGAUGGAUGCACUCGUGGACCGAGGAAUGAAGUACAAGCUGAGAAAGGCAAACGACAAGGCAAACACAAAGAAGCGCAAAUUUCCAGAAGACUUUCAUUACCGAGAUGAAAGGUCGAUUAACGCAGCUGCACACCGAAGACAGAGCUAUGCUGCGGGCGAAUACGAUGCUGCUCAUCGACACCAUUACGAUGCUGCGGCCAGCUCCUCUCGCUCGCCAUAUGCGGAUGCAGUUACGCAGCAAGCACAGAAGCAACAGCAUCAGUUGACUAGACCCAUCCUUCACCGUGCACACUCAGGUGAAAGGGUUCACGGUUUCUCAGCUGCUAGCUCGGCAAUGCUCCCACCUCUUGCGACUCAGCUGGGAAGCCCCAGACUCAGUCCGCCUGGUCGAGCUGAUAAGCCACCUCAACUCUCCAGUUUGUCGCGAUUGGGUGUUGCCCCCGUCUCACGUGCUUACGCUUCGCACCUUCCUGCUCAUCCACAGCUUCACACUUCACGCCCAAAUUGGCAAGAGGAGGAGUACCACCAAAACCCCACCUCCACAAGCAGAGCUAAAGCUUCAGGCCGUCGCCUCUCCCCACACACAUCGUCCGAGAUGGACCGAACUCGACCCUCGUUGGAGUUUCGAACAUCCUCUUCAUCAGUAGCUACUUCCAACUCCACCGGUCAAGCUUCUACCGGAUCACACUCCACUCCUAACUCUUCCACCACCGAAGGCACCCCUUUCUUGUUCAACAAGUCCAAAACCAAACCUGCUCUCGAAGAUAGAAAGAACUCCGGUGGUUACCUCAGCGGCGGUGGUGAACUUGCCCCAUCCUCCUCCGGUUCCUCCCCGGGAUCGCUCCAACAACAAGCCAGACCAACUCUCCCACCUAUCUCCAGCCUCUACGCUGCUUCCACAGCAGGCAGAAGAGCUUCAGCGGUAGCUCAAGAAGGUUAUUUCGCUGGUGUCAACGCUCCCUCCCCACCUGGUUCUGCUCAUCGUUCUCCCCGACACUAA